AUGCUCCUGGUGUGUCUUCAUUAAUGUACCUACACAUUCCUACAGACUAUGCUUGCUUAGAUUGGUACAAAGAAGUUUACCUGCUAUUGUUAACUUGCCUGGACUGACUGACUGCUGAGCUGACACUGGGACUGUUAGACUGGAAGUGGGACUCAUGCAGUGUGGGUUAUGAAUUCAUCUAUUCAGCUUGGAAGCCAUGCAAAAGAUUCUGAUUUGAGGCCAGGAUUGAGCCAUUAUAAUUUGCCAGAAGCAAUAUAUCAGAAAUAUGAAGAGAAUGGCAUCAAAAAUUUAUUUGAAUGGCAACAUCAGUGUCUGCAGCUGCCAGAUGUUCUACAAGGACGCAACCUGGUUUAUUCUGCUCCAACUUCUGCCGGCAAAACUCUUGUGGCAGAACUUCUUCUUCUUAAGAGAGUACUGGAGACCAAGAAGAAGGCAAUAUUUAUUGUGCCAUUUGUGUCCAUGGCAAAAGAAAAAACAAAUUAUUUGCAGCGGGUAUUGAGCGGUGGUGGGGUGGUGGUUGAGGGCUUCAUGGGGGGACAGGUGCCUGCUGGAGGCCUCACUAAAGUUGAUGUGGCUGUUUGCACCAUAGAGAAGGCUAAUAAUCUAUGUAACAGGAUGAUGCAGGAGGGAACGCUGGGUGACAUUAGCGUUGUUGUGGUUGACGAGCUUCACCUGGUGUCGGAUGGGCAGAGAGGUUACCUGCUGGAACUCUUGCUCACCAAACUACGCUUCUCUUCUCUCAAAGCUGAACGUCUUCAACUGAGUGGGCACGAGAAAACCAAUACUUUAUUAUCAACUCAUGGUGACGCUUUAGAAGGAACUCCUUUACUAGUCUCACAACAGGGGCAUCGCGAAAACAGACACCACUCGUUAUUUUUCUCUCAGGAAAAUGGCGGCACAGACACGGCAUCUACAAAUAAUCAUCUCUUGAACUCCAAGUUUAGGCGCCUACAAAUCAUUGGCAUGUCUGCUACUUUGCCGAACGUGUCCUUGCUAGCAGAGUGGCUAGACGCAGCUCUCUAUGUGACCGACCAUCGCCCUGUGCCCUUGACACAUCUCCUCCUCAAUGAGGGCUCACUCUUCACUACAGACAUGAAACUCAUCCAGAAACUUCCCUACGAAAAAUCGGCAAAAGACCCCGACGGAGUGCUUGGGCUGUGUGUGCAGACGCUGCUGGAGGGCUUCUCGGUCCUGGUGUUCUGUGCGUCACGAGCUCGCACCGAGUCCCUGGCCGUGGCCAUCGCCAGACACGUGUACACGCUCGGCAGCUCUGCCUCAGUGGCUCCGUGCCAUGAAGCGAUCAGAAAGACGUUGGAUGCGGCCUCCCUGACGCGUGUGCUGCAGGUGCUGCACGACUCUCCUGCUGGGCUCGACAAGACCUUGGCCUGCAGCCUGCAGUAUGGCGCCGCCUUCCACCAUGCAGGACUGACUACAGAAGAGCGGGACAUCAUCGAGGCGAGCUUCCGGGCUGGCAUCGUGCGGGUGUUGGUGGCAACCUCAACCCUGUCUUCAGGGGUGAACCUCCCCGCCCGCCGUGUUAUUAUCCGCUCGCCCUUCUCAGCCGCGGGGCGCCCUCUGGACCCUCUGGCCUACCACCAGAUGGCGGGGCGUGCCGGCAGGAAGGGUGUUGAUACCCAAGGCGAGUGCGUGCUGGUGUGCAGCGGGCGGCAGGAGCUGACGGUUGGACGUGAACUCGUCACGGCGCCUCUGCCUCAUGUCACCAGCUGCCUCACCGCCCACAGCCUCACCUCAGCCCUGAAGAGGGCGUUGCUGGAGGUUGUCGUGAGCGGCGCGGCGACGUCGCUCCCUGAUCUCCUCGACUACUGCAGGUGUACGUUGCUCGCGGCCUGUAUUGCUGAGCGUCGUCGUGAUGACGGCGCGGGUGACGACGAUGGUGUAGGUGGACUGGAAGGCAACACUGUUCAGUCGUGUAUAAAGUAUCUCCUUGACAACGAGUUCAUAAGUCGGUCUGGGGAGGAGCUGAGCAGCUCGCCGCUGGGGCGCGCUGUCCUGCGCUCAGGCUUGUCUCCUGACGAAGGUCUGCUCGUCUUCGCAGAGCUCCACGCCGCCCGUCGCUGCCUCGUCCUUGAUACUGACUUCCACCUCGUCAUGCUCGUGACGCCGAUCUACAUAAGCUGUGAGCCCGACUGGCUGGCGCUGCUGGGGGUGUGGGAGGCGCUGCCUGCUGCCAUCAGGAGAGUGGCGUCCCUGCUGGGCGUCAGGGAGAGCUUCAUCGUGCAGGCUGUCAAGGGCACCAUCAGCAUAAAGUCUGAGCAACAGGCGACGCAGUUACGUCUGCAGAAGCGCUUCUAUACGGCAUUAGCCCUACACGACCUACUGCAGGAGGUGCCGCUACCUGACGUGGCUUCUAAAUUUAACAUCAACAAGGGGCUGCUUCAGAGUCUGCAGCAGUCGGCUGCCACCUUCGCUGGGAUGGUGAAAGUGUUCUGCUCGUGUCUGGGAUGGCGCAGUUUAUGGCUGCUGGUGCAGGAGUUCGAAGGCUGCCUCCAGUUCGGUGUACGUCGCGAGCUGUGCGACCUGGCGCAGCUGCCGCACGUGUCGAGCAGCACCGCGCGACGUCUCUUCUCCGCAGGCAUCACCUCCCUGCACCAGCUGGCCACCACCUCCCACAGACAGCUCGUCGCCCUGCUCGAGAAGAGCGCCCCUUUCGCCAGUCGUGCCCAUGGAGACCAGUCAGCUGCUCUUAAGAAGAACAAGCAGAAGCGAGAAGAAGGUGGGCCAGAGGGCGGGGGCCUGGUAUGGGUUGAAGGAGUGGGCCUCACGUCUAUUGCUCAAGAAGCCCACCUCAUCCUAAAUGAUGCCCGCACCCACCUCAUGAAAGAGAUCGGUGCUCCUGAAAUAAAAUGGGAUGAAAAUAAUUCCAAUUUAGAGACGAGUUCUGAGUCGUCGAUUAAGAGCACUUCUGGGGAUCGAGCGUCAACUGAGGUGAAAAAUUUGGGAACUCAGAACUCCUCACCACAUGAAAAAGCGCUCGAACCGCCGUGCUCUAACACUACGGAACAGUCCCGCUGCGCUUCGUCAAACAGUCCUGUGGUAAAUGCAGAGGAGCGUCAGUCGAACGCAAAACCCAAAGCGUGUGCCAGUAAUGAACACGCUCCAACCGCCACUAGUAACAGUAAUCUUGCUGAAAUGAAUGAAAACGUUGAUGAGGAAGUGAAUAUAGAAAACAAUUCUACUGAAGGCACAAACAUUAUUGGAUCUGCAGGAUCAAGUGCUGCAAAAUGUACUAAAGAUAUUCCGUUAAAUGGAGAGCAUCUCGUUAGUGGGAACGGAAUAAAUUCAAGCAAAAUAAACAGUGUUAAGCGAGUGUUCAAGAUUGACAAGAUUCCCGUACAACGUCCUAAACCCUCAUGCAUUCCUUCCAAGAGAGCCACUACAGAAGAGUAUGUUAGUGGGGCCUUGCCGGAGGUGCCAUCCAAUGAAGCCCCUGCAUGUGGUUCUCGUGUUCAAAUGGACGUGGCUAACGUAAGAGGAGAAGAACCUGGCAGUUUUGUCUCAUCUCGAGCACAAGAUACGCCGCACCGGACCAUCCCUGCAACUUCACUGAAAACUCCGCGUAAAGACUCAAUGGAAGAAGACAUGUUUGCUGACGAGAUUAAUUCUUCCGUGACUAGCUCGUUGAAUGGGUCAGUUGAUGCAGUACCGCCAGCGAUCUCUACGAAUUCCGACCUUUUCAGUGAGGAUGAAGACGUUUUUAAUUUACCGUCGACAGGUCAAAUCUGUGGUGUCAGUCAAGAUCCGCCAUUAUGCCGAAAUUUUGAGCAAAUGAAUGAAAAUUCACCUAAACUGCCUGCAAAACCUGGACCCGUAGAAUUUGUCGCUAGACCGGUGACCGAUGUUGAUCUCGUGAACAAUGAAAAACGUAGUCGACCGGUAAAUGGGAGCGAUCCGGAGCGUGUAUCUGGAUCUGUUUUACGAGGGUCAUCAGGCUUAGUAACCGAUAACGAGUUCAACGCAAAUAAUUGCCAAGAUAAACUAAUCACGAGAAAUCUAGCUGAAGUCUCUAAGAAAUCAACUUUAGCUUCACACCAGUCAGAAUUAUCUAAAAAUUCGUCUGAAAAAAUCUCUCAGGAUGCCAACCGGCCUCUAGAACUGGAGGAGUCGUUGCUGGCUUUAUCCCUUUCCCCGUGGACAAAUGAAACGCCUCUAGUGAACAGCAUCCCUGCAGUGAGCGAUGAAAUGGACUGCAAUCAUGAUGAACUCUAUGAGAAUAAUUUGCCUCCUUGUGACCAAAGCUUGCAGUUUAAUUUAUCACACGAAAUUAGCCAAAGGUUACGCAGUGUUCCUGGAAGCAACAUGGGGCAAAAAAAGGCUGCUGUUGGAACUGCUUUCUCAAGCAAAAAAGAUAAAGUUGAAUGCAAAGCUGUUUGUGAUCUGAACGAAAAAGAUCCAAUAGCAGACGACUUAAAAAGGACUCGAGUGAAUUUCGAAGACGAAUUUGAUGACAGCUUAGGCAUAAGUGGCUCUAGAAUUUGUUCGCAGGCAAUUACUGAUGAAUUUUUUCACCCAAAACCUCUUCAAGAUGACCCCUGUGAUGAAAAGAGUAGCAAGCGACCAAAUGUGAAUUCACUGCUGAAGAGCAGAAGAAUCUAUGAGCCACAGCUCGACGUUCUGCCGAUCGAAAGUUCUUGGUCGGAGUUGAAAGAUGACCGCGUGUUAGGUUCACUCUCGGAUCUUAGUAUAUACGAUGCCAUUGAUGACCGAAACUACAAAAGCCCUGUAAUUUCGGCAAAAUCUGAGCAGCAAAAUGUGGAAAAUCAUAGUAGAGAACAAGCCGUUGUUAACAAGUGUGUUGUUGGAAAUACCGAGCAGUUUUUUGUUAAUACACAACAAAUGGCAGAACCACACGCUGGAAAUGGAAAAUAUUCUUUCAGUGAGAUAGACAUGAGCGACCCCAACGACAUGUCGGCUCUGCUAACACCCGACGGUAAACUACCCCAGCAGCUUGACACGUUCAUACCGCCUGAUCCUGUAACUCUACGUCAAGUUUCAACAUUAACUUGUGCAAUUAAGUUCCCUCAAGCUCCCGAGAUCGUCAUAUCGUCUACAUCUACUGAUAUCCAAUGUCCAAAUUCCUCGUCAAUUCUUGAAAAAACUCUGCGUAAACCUGAUGAAGCUUUUCGUCCGCCAGCAGCUGUCACGCGUCCUCCGUUACUUCCCAAGUCUCAGGUCAAUCACACCGAGAAUACGGAUAAGAAAAAGCUCAGUAGCAGAGACGAGAGCACGCCUCUUAAAUCAUGCUUCCGGUACGAUAAAAAUAGCACGCCCAUUCAUUUCAUCAAUUCAAAGCAGUCAAAAAACUCCGAGACUGUGAAAAGAGGUAAAGAAAAUUAUAUCGGAAUUACAAGCGAUUCGAAUAACACGUCAGCAAACGUUCAACGGUCUAAAUCAAAAGAUCUUAACAAAGCGUUUGAUUUAAGCUCGAGCUCUGAGAAUGAUUUUAGUCGCUUGGUAUCAAUGGAAGAAGAAUUACUCGAUAAUAUAUCUGGCAUUGAACCUUUGGCGCUUAGUAAAGCUUGUCCUGACCGUGACCUAAGUAAGAACAAUACUUCGCUCAAGACCGCUUCACCUUGUGCUCUAACACUAGUCCUCUCCGCGGACCAAUCUUUUUCUACGGAAUUAGAUGACAAUGAUGUAGCUCUUGACAAAGCACAAGAGUUAAUUUUCGACGCAUCUCCUGAGAAAGAAUAUGUGAAUCACAACGUUGCUUCUGCGGAUGAAAAAAUUAGUUCAACGAACGUUCAUCUUGCGGAUCUGAACAAAAAAGCGGCUGAAGAUUCAAAAGUGACAGUUCAGCUCGAAAAGAAAGAAAGCUACUUACAUAAAAAUAAAUCAAAUCUCAACUAUAUUGUAUCUGAAAAAAACACACGUUCACUUUCGUCUGACCGAGUAAACGGUUGCACUGUUCGCAUUAUCGAUGUUUUUAAAAGUUCAAAUUUAUUGAAGGCAUUUCUAGAUAAACUAGACCAGCAAGAAAACUUUUCCUUAGUUCUGCUGCGCAAUGAAAACUCUUCCCGUCACCAAGAAGCCGUAAUAGAAGAAGAAGCUAGUCAACAGGAUAUGGAAGAGAUGAUUCCUGAGGACGAGUGUGUUGAUACAGGGCUUCUAGGGAUUGUUGUAGCGUGGCAGGCGAGCACAGCUUAUCAUCUCAGUCUGGCUUCAGCGAGCGGUGAGAAGGUAUCGCUGGAGGAGCGCAUGUCGGCCAUACGUCGCAUCAUCGUUGCAGAUCCUGACCACAGCACGAGGAGCAGUGGCAGGAGCCACGGCAGUGCAGUCCACGGCAGUGCAGUGGUUUGGGAGAGCUGCAGUGCAGUGGCUUCGCUUUGGCGAGCCACAGGAAUUUUCUUUACUAGACCAAUCAAGGACGUCGUGACCGCCGCUUGGCUACUGGGCUCUUCCGUCUUCAGCAUCACAGCAUUGGCGGAGGAGCACGUACCUGAAGCUUCCUGGCUGUGCCGCGACGACGAGGUGCAGGCGCGUCAUGAUGGCCAAGUGAGCGCGGCUGGCCGUCGCGCGGCGCUGACGCUACUUGUGAUGCAGGCCCUGGAGCUACGCCUGCAGCAGCGACACCUGCACCACCACUGGUUGCUCGUGGAGAUGCCAGCCGCUGUUGUUCUCGCCAAACUGCAACUCAACGGCAUGGGCCUCUGCCCUGAGCGCUACCAGGAGACCGUCACCUCCAUCACUAAGCUGCUGGGGGAGUUGGAGUCUGAAGCCCACAGGGCGUGUGGCCGCAGCUUCAAGCUCAGCUCCUACACCGAACUGGCGUCUGUGUUAUACAAGACCUUACGCCUUCCCCCACCCAGUGACUGGAGGCAGCGGCUGAGCAAGGAGUCCCUCAAGGCCCUGAAGCGCCACCACCCCCUGCCGGGCAUCGUGCUCCAGUGGCGAAAACUCAAUGCCGCUCUGAUAAAGAUGUUAGUUCCUCUAGAGAAGCGAGCUGAGCACAACACGACGUGUGGUAUGCGUCGCGUGUACCCGCGCUGCUACCGCCUCACAGCGACGGGCCGCGUCAACAUGGCGGAGCCGUCCCUGCAGUGCGUCCCUCGUGACGUCACCAUCACCACUGAGCCUCGUGCUGCUGGCGACGCAAAUAAGUUCUCGACGCCCUUGAUGCAGCUGCUCCUCACUGGCAAGAAGAACAGACCGAGCUCGAAGCAAACUCGGGUGAGCUGCCGUCGUGUGAUUGCUGCCAGCGCAGGCCGUGUGCUGCUGGCAGCUGACUACUGUCAGCUCGAGCUGCGGGUGCUGGCGCACUGCGCUGACGACGCGCGACUCAAGCGGCUGCUGGCAGAGGACGAUGAACGCGACGUGUUCCUGCGCAUCGCCUCCGACGUGUUCGGCGCUCAGCAGUCCGUCGUCGCGCAGCAAAGGGAUCUUGCAGGCAUGGGCAGCAAAUCGUUGGCCAUGCAGCUGAACGUCUCUGUGGAGGAAGCUGAACGCAAGCGUCAGGAGUUCCUGGAGGCGUUUCCUGGCGUGAAGGCGUUCAUGGCGAACGCUGUGGCGAAGGCGCGCCAGAAUGGCUUCGUCGCCACAGUCAUGGGCCGACGCCGGCACCUCGAGAACAUCGCCAGCCAAAUCUCCACCCUCAGGAGUCAAAGUGAACGGCAAGCUGUCAACAGCCUCAUUCAAGGUUCAGCCGCUGACAUCGUCAAGUCAGCAAUGGUUAGCGUCGACGCAGCGCUGACGAGACGUUAUCCUCAUCAGCAGAGCGUUCUUGCUGACGUCCGCUCCUGCGUUGCUGGGGCCAAUAUCCACGAACAUUUUAACCGUCAGGAUAAUCUUCGACCGCAGCUUAAAGUUCAUUUUGUACUUCAAUUGCACGAUGAACUCAUGUACGAGGUUGCUGAGGAAGAGCUGCUGGCCGUGGCUGCGAUCCUGAAGCACCACAUGGAGAAGACCACACGCCUCGAUGUCCCACUGCCCGUCAAGCUCAAGGCCGGUCCCACUUGGGGGGAUAUGACUGACCUCAUCCUCUAGGUCUUCCAUACCAGGGGGUGAUGUUGACAUCUAGUAUCUGAGAACAAUUCCCCGGUUGAGAAUGUGACCAACCUGGACCUCAAUCUCUCUUCUACUGGGCCUGAAUUUCGUAGACUCCAUAUGCGUUGUACGUUUCAACUGUAGUCUUUCUCUGUACCUCAUUGAACCCAUAACUUCCUGUGCAGAGCAUUAAGCACUUUAGUACAAAAUAUUUUACCGUUUGAAGUUUGUGUCAAAUAGAUAUUCAAUUUCUGCAUAUACAUUAUUUUGCAACUACUUUGAAUGACUAAAUUCCUUACACACUGUUUGAUAAUGCGUUCGACUUCCAAUAGCGCAUCGCAUCGCAAACGUUGAGCUUUUCAGUAUUUCACUGUCGAGAGCAACUCCGGGUGCUAGCCUAACUUUAAACAUUUAUGCUUCCACCUUGUGCCCCCGCUGUCUUUCAAUGUAAGCAUUAAAUAUGUCUCCAUAAACGCAAGAGACUUUUUAAAACUAGAUUGUUAGGUAGCCGAGAUAUCAAAUUAUAUGUUUUUAUUUCAGUAAAAUAAGGUUUGACAUAAUAUAACUUUGACAAAGUAUAAAGAAGAUCUUAUGCUCAGGGAAUCAAUUGAAAUUUUCGUAUAUUGUACCUUUUUACGAUGAGUUUGUUCAGGGUUUUUUACUCAGUGAAACUCACUACAAUGAAGUGUGAUAAUCAAACUGGAGAAUAAAUAUUUUCAUUACAGUGAAAUAUAUUUAAUCUUUGGGGAAUGUGCCGUUGUUAAUCAAAAUGUAUUCAGCAUUUCUUGACCAUUUUACUCAAACAGAUGGAUGUUAUUUCCUAUAUUUUUAAUAGUUUUGUUGAGCUUUGUUAUCUACUCAUUUUGGUCACAUUGUGCUACUUUCUUGAGUCGAUUUUUCAGUCAUUUAUGUGUUCGCCUUAUGUGUUAAUGUUUUUAACCACGUUGUUCAUUUGUUAAAGAAUCUUAAUGUUUAUUGAAACUUCCCGUACUCUGACAUUUCAAUCGUGUUUUUUAUCAUAGGCGUUAAAUCGAACUGAACAUAUUGGGUAUUCAUAUAUUUUUUACUUGCUAGUUGUCAUAGGUUUUUAUUGUAUUUAAAAAAUGUUAGCAUGGAAUAUCCGUUUUUAACGCUGGUUCAGUAUUCAUAGCCAACACCAUCACUCGCGUGUUCUGUAUGCUCUUAAUAUUUUGUGUGA